AUGGCGAGACCGACAGCGGAGCGUGCGCCGAACGCUGUCCACAUCCGGGCCAAUCAAGUGGCCUGGGCCCUCUUUGAACGGGAAUUCGUGGAGGGGUGCCGCGCGCCGGUUGACAAGAGUGGUGACUCUCAUUCCCCGGGACCGGAACAAUGGGCCAUCGAGACGGGAUGUGAACCGCCUAAAUCGACUCCCGGGUCGGGCAUUGGAGUAUCAGCGACACGCGGCCCGGGAUGGACGAGAGUCGGUUUCAGGCCCGAGCCGGCGAGCCCCACCAUGUGA